AUGGCGAAUUUCAAUUUCGAGUCCAAGAAGCUAUGUUUCAUUGCUAUUGGCUCAUACAAAGCUCGUGAAAAGAGUGUGUUAGACUUUCAGCGAGAUCUGGAACCUGAACUGCGUAGAACAAAAGAAGAGAUUCUCGCGACGCCAAUUGCACCUGAUGUGGACACUGAAGCAUACAUUGUAUGGGCUAAGAACGAGGGUAUGGAGCCAGAAAAGCAUCCUAUCGACCUUCGAAAACUAGACACCAAGCCUUACAACAAAAAUAAGCCUCUAGCAGACCGAAGAAUCAUGCAUUAUUUCAGAUCGCACGACAAGUUGACGACCAAUCCCAACAUGCAUGUAGCAGCAUUGCUAUAUACCUCUGAUCGUAACUCACUCUUCACCAUCCUUAACAUUCAAGAUGAACCCUACUACAUCCGAGGAAUCGCAUCCAUUGACCAUUCAUUCGUGCUUCAUGACAUGGAUCCUAAAGUCGACGAAGAAUGGCUGACCAUGGAGACCUACACUGAUCGAGCAGUUGAUGGCAGAGGACUUUACAAAGGUCGUAUGUACGAUGCUGACCACAAGUUAGUCUGUUCAUUCAUGCAAGACGGUGUAGUCCGUGUUGGUAGACCGUCUAAAUUAUAA